AUGAUUUUUUCCAGUUUUUUCGAUAUUUUUGAGCAGAAGAGCUUCUUUUUCCUCGAUUCUGAAUUAAUCAAAUUUUCCUCAACAGUGGUAAUCUUGAUUUGUUCCUUCAUUUUGUACCUCCAUCACAAGAAAACGAAAAUCGAAAGAGAACUGGUCGCUGGAAACAUCCUGACCGUCGAUGACGGGUCAAUUCAGAGAAAUUUCCCGAUUUUUGGACACGCUCUUUCAUUUGAUUUCGAUCCGGUUGCGUUUUUCCGCCAGCUGAACGACUUCGUCGACCAUUUGAAGCAAAAAGACCCCGGCGCUCUUUAUGGCUAUCACUUGCUCGGGCCGAAGCCAUCCUUGUUCGUUCUCAGUCCAGAAGGAGCCGAGGCCAUUCUCAAAUCGACCGUCCAUAUCCGCAAAGGGCUCUUUUACAAGCUCUUUCAGGACUGGCUUGGAACAGGACUGCUGACUUCUCACGGGAAAAAGUGGAAAACUCGGCGGCGGCUUUUGACUCCUGCUUUUCAUAAAACUGUUCUUGCGGAUUUCGUCGAGGUCAUGAACGAAAAAGCAGCGAAGAUGGUCGAUAUUUUGAAGGAAAAAAUCAAAACAGAAAAGAAAAUCAACAUGCAUUGGCCAAUAACACUUUGUGCGCUGGAUAUUAUCAUUCAGACCGCGAUGGGGGCGGAAUCGGACAUUCAAUUUGAGGAAAAUAAUUCCUACGCUCAAGCGAUUUUUGACUGGAUGGAACUGACCCAAAUUCGCCACAAAUCAAUCUGGUACUGGCCCGACUUGAUCUGGAACCUCAGCCCGAUCGGGCGGCGGCAGAAGAAAAAUGUUACCAAAAUGCAUUCUUUCACGAAGAAGAUUAUUUGGGAAAGAUGGAACCACUUUAGAGAGCUAAAAGAAGAGCUUGGAGAUGACUUUGAGGCAACUUAUUUUGCAGAAAAAUGUGACAGUCGAGGAAGAAUGGCGUUUUUGGAUACGCUCUUGAAAAGCCUGGAUCGGGGUGAAAUUGAUCUGGAAGGGAUUCGAGAGGAAGUGGAUACAUUUAUGUUCGAGGGUCACGAUACAACUGCUGCUGCUCUUUUAUGGGCUGUUCAAGAAAUUGGAGAAAAUUGGGAAGUGAUGAAAAAGCUUCAUGAAGAAGUAGAACUUGUCUUUGGCGAUUCCGAUCGACCAGCGACUACUGGAGAUCUUGAUAAACUAACGUUCCUUGAAGCGGUGAUGAAAGAAACUUUGAGAAAAUUUCCCUCUGUGACGAUGUUUUCUCGGGAGUUUGAUUCGGAUUUGCUCGUCGAAAAAGGAGAAAGACGCUUUAAAAUUCCAGCUGGCGCGAUUGUUACUAUAAAUUGCUACAAACUCCACCGAGAUGAAACGCAUUGGAAGGAGCCUGAAAAGUUCGACCCAUCGCGCUGGUUGGACGGGGGCUCUGGGGAGACGAGAUAUGCUUACUCGUACUUUCCGUUUUCUGCCGGCCCGAGAAACUGCAUUGGGCAGCGGAUAAGAGCAAUAAUCUCAAUUUAUUUCGAAUUUUUCCAGUUUGCGAAUUUGACCAACAAAAUCAUUCUUUCGCAUCUUCUCCGAAACUUCACCUGGAAAUCCACGCGAAAAACAAACGAAAUUCCGGUUUUGGCUGAAAUUAUCACGAGACCAAAGGGAGGAAUCGACAUUAUUCUCGAAGAAAAACAUGCUUGA